GGCUUACGUCUCCUUAUAUGGAAAGAUCGUUUCCAGACGUAGAAGGAUGUACUAGUUAAUAAUCCAUUCGCCGGGGUUAAAUUAACUAAUGUCGAGUUCGGAAUAAUCCGAUUCGACUAAAAACGAAAGGGAGAGAAGUUUAGAGCCGAAUGAGUUCGCACUGACUCGGAUUAACGAGAGGUGACGGUUUCGGUCGGUGAUUUUUGCUGGGAACUAUUUCGUCACUCGGAUAGAUACAGUCGGUUCGCGUCUAAAGUGUUUACCCGUGUGGAAGAAUUGGAAGUCAGUUGAUGCGAACAUGUCGGAGUGAGCGUUUGCGCGAUAUUUAGUUCUUUAAUUAAUGAUUUUUUGCUCUUUAAUUAAUAAUAUGCAGAGUAAUAUAGUGUCGAAACAGGAGGAUGUUUACCAGAGUAGUUGUGCCGUCUUUCGUAUGAAUGGUGCAAACGAAAGAGCGAUGAUAGAAGCCAACGGAGGUGGACAGACUUAUCUCGGACAUAAACGAAAGAUGGAAGAAGAGGAGAACACGGGACAAGAAAGCAAAAAAUCACUUCCACCCAACGGUAAAAAAACGAAAGGCAGAGUCAAAAUCAAAAUGGAAUUCAUUGAUAAUAAGUUAAGACGUUACACAACUUUCAGCAAGCGUAAAACCGGGAUUAUGAAAAAGGCUUAUGAAUUAUCGACACUAACAGGCACUCAGGUAAUGUUGCUGGUAGCGAGCGAAACAGGACACGUAUAUACAUUUGCUACCAGAAAACUGCAACCAAUGAUCACGAGUGAGGCAGGUAAAGCCUUAAUCCAAACAUGUUUAAAUUCUCCCGAUCCUCCAGGAGGAAACGGGAGCACAGCACCCGAUCAAAGGAUGAGCGCAACUGGAUUCGAAGAGACUGACCUGACAUACAGCGUGACAGAUGAAACCGACAAUAAAAUGUCUCACCUUCCAAAUUUGAACCAGAUUCCCGAAUACACAACGCAGAAACUCCCCCCUUUCUAUAUGAUCUAGCGUUUGUUGUUAUAGAAGUAAAACCCAUUGAUGGGUCGACAGUCUGGCACCCGCAGCCUUGGAAUCGACGUCAAGCGUCCUUGCUGCAGGCAAACCACAGCCUAUGUCCAUAUAUGGAGACAGUACCUUAUUUGUCACACUUCUACACUCCUUAUAAGCUGCACUUGCCAUAGAAGGAAGUCAGCGCCUGGAUCACGUGACUGUAGUGAUUGGUUCGUCUCCUUUCGAUGUACCCUGUGCCAUAUAUGGAAGUUGUCGGAGCUGGCUCCGUCUCUACAUUCCAGGCUUUGGUUCUACUCGUGUUUUUUUAAUUUCGUUAAUUUAAAAAAAAAUUUUAACUAACAAAUGUGUGCUUUUUUGCUUAACACUGUGUGUUAACACUGUUAUGUUUAUUUUGCUGUAUUGAUGUACCCAUGUGCAUGAUGUGAUGAUGUCUUGAUGCACGAUAAAUGUGAGACCUGCUUCCAUUAAAAAAAAAAAAAUGUAAACAAAACCGAAAGUAAAUUUAUAUAUUAAUUUUAUAAAUAUAUAUAUAAAUACAUUAAAAAUAUAUAUAUAUAUUUUAUUUUACCUGCGUCUCUAAAGUUAUAUUGUUACUAAAGUAGUUCAAAUUGUUAAAGAAUCUCAUGUAAAACAAGGUGUUUAUGUUUGUGUUGUGGAAUUAUUUUUAUAUUUGGGAUCUAUUUGUUAUAUAAAUGGACUGGCAGGUAUCCAGUUAUUUUUGAAAUAUUUCUAUUUAUGGAAAAUAAAAAAAAAAAUUAAGCUCCUUAACUUUGGAGUUGGAGCAUUUUGUAAUCAAUCACAUAAAUAAAUAAUAAAGAUUGGUUCUUUUGUAAAUGGUUUUGUUCUUCUGAUCGCAUGAUUAAGAUGGCAUGAUGACUGUUUAACUCAAGAUUAAAAAUAAGCCCUCCUUUAGUGCAUCAAGCUAUCCUUUGCUGAAUAAUCAUAAGCAUAUUAUCCACGAAUAUUUUUUUAGAAUAAAUGUAAAAUGAUAAUAAAUAUAAUCCAAUAAUCGCAUUUUAAUACUUUUUUUUAAAAGAGCUUUCGUUACUUAAAUAUUAACAAUUAUGUCUAAUUUUCAAUUGAAAAAAAAACCUUGAAAAAUCGUUAUCGCUUCGAAUCUUAAAUUCUUUAAUGUUUGAUCGAAAUUCGAUGUUUCCGGAUAUUCCUUUCAUAGCUUAGAGGUCUUUGUAUACUGUAUAUAAAGAGCGUGAUUAAGUUUUGUAAGUUCAACGUUGACAAAUUUAAUCGUAGCGAAUAAUCAGAUAAGGUAAUGCGAAUUAAGAAAGCACUAGAUAAUCAGACAUAUUUCAUUCAAUGGAACGACAAUGAGAAAAAGAGACUCUUACUCGAGUAAGUAACUUUAAGUAUCGGCUAAUGAUCAAUUUUUGCUAUAGAUAAGGUAUAAGUGUUAUUAACACAUUCCUGUUUACGAAAAUCGCUUUCCUUGUAAGGACUAUUCAUUCAGCAAAAGCGCAGUUGUUAUUUCAUAUACACAACAAAUUACAACCGACCUCUUUAGUUAUUUUUAGAAUCUCCCACUCUUGCAUAAGUCGCGAACGUUUCAAAAAUAAUGUUUAUCAACAUGGAAAUUUCUUUUCUUAUUCCGAAUUUUGCUCGAUUAUAUACGGUUUAAAAUCAUUUUAAAUCUUUACAUAGGAUCCUCGUACGGGCGAAUAGAAUACGACUUACGAUAAAGUCACAUUCUACUGGCAAAACGGCAGGUUUUUUGUUAUUAAAUAUGAGAUAAUUUGUAUUACUUUGGCAUCUUAGAUGUUGCUCAUCUCACUCGUUAGUGGCCUGUUACGGAAC